AUGCGAUGUGAAUACAAGUGCGCCAUCAACUACGGUUCUCCCGUCUGCGUCUGUCCAAAAGGCUACCAAUUGACAGGCUACAGCUGUCGAGAUAUCAACGAGUGUCUCAGCAGCUCUUCAAAUGCUUGUGAAAGCUACCAGAGUUGUAUCAACACUGAAGGGGGUUAUUACUGUAAGGACGAUCUCAACGAAAAAUGCACUGCUGCGGAGGGUGAAUGUGGUGCAGCUGCUCAAACAAAUAUUGCCGGAAAAUAUUUUUCCUCAGAAAAUGGAUUUGAAUUUCCCUGGCUGGUCGUUAUUUCCGGCCAAGUUGAAAGAAAACUUGUUUCGUGUCUUGGAGCAGCAAUUAGUGAUGGCUCGUAUGUAAUCGCCGAUCUUGCUUGUACUGGAAACAUGAAGACAACUAGUAUGAGCGUUUAUCGACUUAGCGACAAUAAACGACUCUAUGUUUCGUUUGCUUACAAUAGCCAAGAGUUUGAUGUUUUUCUUGUAAAACUUACUCAACCAAUUCCAGGAAUGCCGUCUUGUAUGCCAGAAGGAGAAAAUUUCAAUCAGUUCAACCAGUGUGUCAGCGUUCAGUUGGACAACAAGCAAUCCUUCAAAAUGAAUUCUGAAUAUCUGAUGAGCUCUCAGACAAGCUGCGACACCCUCGCUCGAAAGUUCACACAGCUAUUCUACAAGCAACUUCCUGGAGCGAUUUGUUCAGGAGAUUCAGAUGUUGACAGUACUUGUUCAAUUUCCAAGUCUCAAUCUGCCUUGUUCUGCAAAAGAUGUGACUCCUGCUCAUGGUCUCUUGCUGGCUUCGGGAAAUUUACUGGAACAUGUUCUGGAUCAAAAUUCGUCAGUGGCUUUUCUUCCGUUGAAAUUGCCGAGAAAUGGAUCCGGUCUUUCACACCAUAUGACUACUCUCAUCGACAGAAAAAGUGCUCUCUCGAUCAUUGCUGCGAAAAAUUUAGCAUCGAGGGAAAAGUCUUCCAGAAACAAGCAGGCAGCUAUUACAAAACUAGUGCCAGCGAGUUUCUUUUCAAUUUGAAAGGUGUUUGGGCGAAUGGGAUGUCUCUUUCUGGGCUUUCGCAAAGCUCAUAUUGUCCUGAAGACGCCGCUUGGAUAAAUCCUUUCGGCAAGAAAAAAUUUACUUCCAAAGCAACAUGCCAAGCUGGUCAAAAAUAUUCGCUCUGGUCAGAAUGGUCUAGCUGUGAUUGCAAAUAUGGCGCGAUCGGAAGACAGCGAACCUGCCAAAAAUUAGGAACCUGUGCCGAAGAACGACUGUUUGAGCUCAAGAAAGAAUCCAUAGAGUCUUGCAAAUCUCUAAAUUGUCCGAAAUGUUGCAAUGCGAUCAAAUUUAAUGUCCCAAAUAUAAAGUUGACGGACGCCAUCCGCCCUCGAACUGAAAGUCUCACUUUCCAUCUCACCAAAGAUCUACAGCAAAGUCGCCCUAUUUAUAAAACAUCAGAUGGAAAAUAUUUCCUAACAUAUACAACUGGCUUCUGGGUAGUUACCAACAAAAUAGGAAGUUUUGAUUUUUUCUAUUUCAUCGAAGACUCUGCUUUUGUCCAACUGAUGUGCGAACAGGUGGAUGGGAGAUUAUGGGCGCUGGAAUGA